AUGUCUCUGAGACAGCAGGCAUGUAGAACUAAUGCUUCACUGAUGGCCCUCCACAUAGACAGAAGCACUGCCACUUUGCAGAGAAAGCUUUGGCGUCUUACCCUGGCCUCUUCCAUGUACAAUGGCAUGAGGUACCUCCACGGGUCCCCCCUGCGCCACCACGGGCACCUCACCUCCAGAAACUGUGUGAUCGACGCCCGCUGGGUCCUCAAGGUCACGGACUUCGGCCUCCUGUCCAUCUACGAGGUGCAGAACCUCAGUCCUCCGAAGAGACCGCUCAAGGACCUCCUGUGGGCGGCCCCGGAGCUGCUGCGGGACGAGGCCCUCAUGACGAAGGGCACGCCGCCAGGAGAUGUCUUCUCGUUCGCCAUCAUCAUGCAGGAGGUGGUGGUGAGGGGCGCGCCCUACUGCAUGGUGCAGCUGUCGCACCAAGAGAUCCUCGCCCGCCUCAAGAAACCGCCGCCCAUGAUCCGGCCCUCGGUGUCCAAGGGCGCGGCGCCCCCCGACGCCAUCAACAUCAUGAAGCAGUGCUGGGCGGAGCUUCCCGAGAUGCGACCCGAUUUCAACCAGAUCCACGACCUCUUCAAGAAGCUCAACCAGGGGAGGCGCCUGAACAUCGUGGACACCAUGUUCCAGAUGUUGGAGAAGUACUCGAGCAACCUGGAGGACCUGAUUCGAGACCGGACGGAGCAGCUCGACCUCGAGAAGAAGAAGACGGAACAGCUGCUCAACCGCAUGCUGCCCAGCUCGGUGGCGGACCAGCUGAAGCUUGGGAUGCCGGUGGCGCCGGAGGAAUUUGAUGACGUCACCAUCUACUUCUCGGACAUCGUGGGCUUCACCAGCAUCUCGGCCUACUCGACGCCCUUCGAGGUGGUCGAUCUCCUGAACGAUCUCUAUACGGCUUUCGACUCUACGAUCAAUCACUAUAAUGUCUAUAAGGUGGAAACGAUCGGUGACGCGUAUAUGGUCGUGGGCGGAGUCCCGAAGAGGAUAGAUGACCAUGCAACCCAGAUUGCAACGAUGGCACUCGAUCUGUUGCACCUGUCGGGCAAGUUCAGAAUCCGGCAUCUGCCCAACAUCCCUCUCAUGCUCAGAAUUGGUAUUCAUACAGGGCCUUGCUGCGCGGGCGUCGUCGGCCUCACCAUGCCUCGCUACUGCCUCUUCGGCGACACCGUCAACACCGCCAGCAGGAUGGAGUCCACUGGCUCGGCGUGGCGCAUCCACGUGAGCGAGCGGACGAGCGCGGCGCUGCGGGAGUCGGGCGGCGCCUACCACCUCGAGUACCGCGGCCUCACCAAGCUCAAGGGCAAGGGGGAGAUGCCCACCUACUGGCUCUUGGGCAAAGACGACUUCCGGAAGGACCUGCCCACGCCGCCGGAGAUCGGGCUGGACGAGGAGCUGGUCCGCCUCGGGCGCCAGCACUACAUGGCGCGGCGCGACUCCACGGCGGACGCCAUCGCCUCCUCCGUCAAGGGCUUCAGCUCCAUCCAGGCGGCCAAGAUGCAGAGCGACGUGGGCGGCGACGCCUCCUCCAGCGGGGAUCCGCCCCUGGAGGAGGCCCGCGAAGACGAGGCCGCCGGCGAGGCCUCCUCGACGGCGGAUGGAGACCCGGCCAGAGGAGCCGGAGGCGGCGGAGCGGUCGCGGAGCUCUUUCUAGAGCCUCACGAAGGGAGGCUUCCAACUGCCUCGUCCUCUUCUGUGCUGCCCUCCUAUGCCACGCCUCCCGCCGCGGCACGGGAGGAGGAGGGCAACGGCAACGCCCCCCGCGGGCGGGGCGGCAAGGGCGGCGUGGAGGCCGGCACGUGCGUGGUGGUGCUGGAGGCGCGGGGUGAGCGCAGGCCGAGCGACGCCGCCGGCAGUGGCAGGAGCAGACCCCAGCCUGCCGCGCCAAGGGCAGCGAUGGUCGCGGCGCCAGCGCAGCCUGCGGUGCCGGCGCCAGUGCCGAAGGAGGAGGCCUCGUGCCGAGGGCGCAGCGCCUCGCUCAAGGGCCAGGGACGCGAGGGCUCGGCGCCGCGUGGCCCACAGGCGAGGGAACGCCGCGACAGUCAGAGCCGGGGCGUCGGCCGCCACUCCGUGCGCUCGGCCCUUCGCUCGCCGUCGCUGCCGCCCGCCUCCUCCUGCGCCGUCAGGGAGAACCACGUGAGCCCCGCGGGCGCGGCGCCGGAGCAAGCGCGGCGCCAGGAGCCGGUGCCGGCGCCGCGAGCGCGAGGGGGGUCGGCGCCCCUGCCCCGCGGCCUCGUCAAGACCAACAGCGCGGGACGGUGCGGGCGCGCCAGCUCGCAGGAGGAGGCGGUGUCGGCAGAGGAGGCUCUCCCGAGGGCGUCCUCCGCGGGCCCUUCCCGCACCUCCCCUCCCCCCCUCACCUGCCAUAACAAGGUGUACCCUCAAAGGGCGGCGGCCCCCGCGCAGCCGCCCCCCGCGCGCCAGGCGAUGGAUUCGUGGGGCGGCCGCCGCAGCGCCGUGCACCCGCGGGCGCCGCCCCCCGACGCGCGGAGGGGCGGCGGGCGCCCCUCGUCCCUGAGGGGCGUGACUGCCGAGUGCGAGGUCCACCCUCCGCAGCCCCCCCACCUCCCGCACCCCCUGGACGCCCCCUCGCCCACCGAGUCCACCAUGUUGUGA